CUCUCUUCUAUUCCCCCCCUCAUAAACCUCAAUUUUAUUCAAAAUCAUGAUGCACCAUUACGGCGGCGGAGGAGGAGGUGGCGGCGGCGGCGCCUCUUCUUUUUCCCUCUUCUUAUCUGUCCCAAACCACGGCGCCGCCGAUAUGUAUUCUUCUUCCACUAAUUACGCCUCUUCCUCUUCCUCUUCCUCUCCUUCUUCUGUUGAUUGUACGCUCUCUCUCGGUACUCCUUCCACGCGCUCCUCGGAAUUUGACAGUGACAAACGCGCCGCUGCACGUAAUCCCCACCGCCGUUCCGCUGGUUCUUACGUCUCUAAUUUCUGCUGGGAUUUGUUGCAUCCUAAGCACAAGACUUCUGGCCGUGGUGCUGGCGGCGCUGCUUCUAAUAAUAAUAUAACUGCCGCCGUGAGUAACGGUGGCGAUCCGCUUCUUGCUCGGCGUUGCGCUAACUGUGAUACAACUUCCACUCCUCUCUGGCGAAAUGGGCCCAGAGGCCCAAAGUCGCUCUGUAAUGCUUGUGGGAUUCGAUUCAAAAAGGAAGAGCGGAGAGCGGCGGCGGCGACGGUGAACAGCUCGACGGCAGAAUCAAACCACCACCACCACCACCAUCACUCAAUGUUCAACGGAAGUUAUACAAAUUCAAGUACGUGGGUUCCACAGCAGUUGCCGGCGACAACUCAGAAACAUCCUUGCCUGUCGGCAGCCAUUGGAAACGACGACGUUGGACCGGAAAAUGGGAUUUCGUUUCUGUCUUGGCGGCUUAACGUUGCUAAUACCGAUCACCGGCCCACCCUCGUCCAUGAUUUCACAAGAUGAGUCAACAGAAAAAUAAAAAAAAGUACAAAUUAGAAAAUUAGAAAAAAAAAAAUCAAUUGAGCAGGUUUUUAUAUAUUUUUUAUAUAAAAAAAAUUUAUAGUACGAAUUUCUACUGCGAAGAUUAAAAAGCUGAGUCCUUUUUCUCCAUCAUUUGAUGGGAUGGAGUGGAAUUAAGCUGAGGAUAAUCAAUUAAUUAUAUUUUAACUUUAGCUAAAAUAUUUUUGUUUUUUUAGUUACAUUAAAAUUUUGACAUGAAGAUUAUAUCUACCA